CGGUGUGGUUCACUGGAUUGACGAGAUCUAUAUGAGGAAAAACAACACCGAGAAAAACUAACGAGCCAUCUAUAUCUGAUUUCUUUAGGACUGGGGAUAUAUUUUGGACCAAAUAUGGGAGGGGGUGAUCUGAACUUGAAGAAGAGUUGGCACCCACAAACAUUGAAAAAUAUCGAGCGUGUGUGGAAGGCAGAGCAGCGGCAUGAGGCAGAGCGCAAGAAGAUUGAAGAGCUGCAGAAGGAGUUGCGUGAGGAGAGAGCUCGAGAAGAGAUCACAAGAUAUGCACAGGAGACAGGGACUCUGAAAAAGAAGGAUGACCGUUUGGACUGGAUGUACCAGGGGCCAGGGGGCCAGGUGUCUCGGGAGGAGUACCUGUUGGGCCGCCCCAUUGACAAGCAAAUUACCCAGCAGUAUGAAGAGUCAGAGAGUGGAUUGUCUGCCCAGACCGGUCUGCUGCCGGGUUCCAUCUUUAACCUAACCUCACCUGCUUCCACGCUUGACCUGGCCACUAAAAUCCGGGAGGACCCACUGUUUGCCAUUAGGAAGCGUGAGGAGGAAAAGAAAAAGGAGGUUUUGACCAACCCUGUGAAAAUGAAGAAAAUUAAGGACAUGCUGCAGCACAAUUUGCAGAGGAAGGAGGACAAGAAGAAGAAGAAGAAGAAGAAGAAGGACAAAAAGAAAAAGAAAGAGGACAGGAAGAGGCAGAAGCACAUGCGACGCAGUACAAGCUCCAGCUCUGAAGAAGAGAAGCCCCGGUCUCAUCACAGAGAGAUGGUUGCACCUGCAUCCACCUCCCAUGACAAUGAUGUGUCUAGGUAUGGAUUGCAGCUCCCUGCCAGUGGACAAUAUCCUGAAGUACGUCCUUUGGUUCUACUGGGGAGCCAUUCCAUGGAUGAGGAAAGUAUUCAGCAUUCUCAGAAAUCAGACAGGAAGACCAAGUCCAGAUAUCCCAACCACUCUUUACACAAAGAGCGAAUUCACAGGCGCCAGGACACCAAUCACACAAAGUUUAUGUCUGGAGAUGAACUGGAGAGGAAGAGAAAGGAGAUGAUGGAUUUUGCCCGACAGCGCGAUGAAGAGCGGGUGAGCAAUGUGCAAAGGUACCGGCACCAGGAAGAGCAAGAGAAGGAGAGGGACAGGAAGGGCAGUCAGCAUGCUGGCUUCAUCCAUGACAUGAAGCUAGAGAGUGCUGCCACUUCUUCUCUAGAAGACCGAGUGAAGAGGAACAUUCACUCUCUGCAGAGAACAUCUGCUGCAUUGGAGAAAAACUUCAUGAACAGAUAGCUCAGAGUGAGAGAGUGACACAGAAAGACAGACCAGAUUUCAACUUGCAUAUCAGUGAAACCACCAACCGCCACUCUCUGGUCACAGUUAACUGUCCUAUAGCUGCACCACAGCCAGCCACCAAGAUACCUUGCUCACUUUCCCCAAACAUAAUUGGUACCAGGGCAGAUGCCCAUUAUUGUAACGUAAUAGUGCAUUUCAUGCCUACCCGGCCAGCUCAGUGUGCGCAUAGCAGUGUAUCCUGAACAAAAGAUGACAUUUAUAGCCUCACAGUUAUACCGCUCUUUUGCCAUCAUAUUCCUUUAUCAUAUAGGGCUCCCAAGUACAGUCGUUAGGGUGUGUGCCGUGAACUCAUGCCAAGAUGUACACACUUGUAUCAAUCUCAGCGGUGUCAACAACCAAUGAUUACCAGGAGCCCACAGCAGCGGAACAAUUUGUCUUCUUUCCACCAUGGAUGGGGUAGAUACACAUAGGCAGGGGUUGUCCAUCUCACCACUCUCAGACUUCCAUGAUGAUUUAUUAGACACCUGCGAGUUGCAUAGAUGAUGUCAAUGGAAUAACACCUAUCGUCUGAUUUGUGUCCACUCUGCUGUAAUGUGCUGUAUGACUUGCAGUAUGAAAAAUAGCUGUUGUCUGUGCACAUGUAUAAGCGUAACGGAGGAUUCAUCUUGCCUCAGUGCACAAGCAGAGGUUGCCACAGUCUGCUACAGUAAACAGUUGGUGUAAUAGGUAAUAGAUAAAUAGAUACGUGAAAGGAAAAAAGCCUAAAAUAAAUGUUCAUUAAUCAUAUUCAAGUUAAUUUUCUCUUGACUUCUCUUUGGUUAUCUUUUUAUUAUAUUUUAUUGUUUUCUGAAAGAUGUUUUUGGUAAUUCCCAGAUGUAAUUUGAUAUUUUACAAUUAAACAGAAUUCAGUCCGUUUCCCACAGCUGUGCAUGAUCUGUAAUUGGUGCCUUAAGUAACCCAGUUCACAUCAAGCGUAUCAAAUUAGUACGUUUGUGCAGAUUGAAUAAUGAUGAGACUCUGUCUUCAGCAAAUACAACACAAACGGACACCUUUUAAUGCAAACCGCAGACGAAUGUGCCACAAACAACAAG